UGUGGGUGGGUGGUGUGGUGUGGUUUGGUUUGGUUGUUGAUGAUGCUGUUGGUCCCGUGUUGUUGUUCAUCAUUCAAUCAUAAUCGUGAGCAUGAUCAUGUGGGGAGGGGUUUGUUGAUGAUACUAGUGUUAGUGUUAGUUUUGUUGUUUCCUGCUUGUACAAGGACGACAGCAGCAGCAGCUUGUAACUCUGAUGAUAAGGAUUCUCUGUUGCUUUUUGGCAACAACUUUCCCAGCGUCGUCAACUGGGCUGCUGCCAAUGGGGAAGGAGAAGAUUGCUGUUUGUGGGAUGGAAUCAGUUGUGAUGAUCAAGGUCACCGUGUGGUCGGGAUUUCCUUACCAAAUAGAGGCCUUACUACGACCAAUUACAAUGAUUAUUAUGCCCCUCUUGAAAAUCUGACAUCCCUAUCUUUCCUAAACCUGUCCUGUAAUUUCCUAUCUGGUCCCCUCCCACCACAAUUUUUCAACCAUCUCCACACCGUUGACUUAAGUUACAACAGACUUUCUGGGAACCUGCCACAACCCACCACGACCACCAUCUCCACCCUGAAUCUGUCCAGUAAUUAUCUGAAUGGCACGAUUCCGCCUACCUUCUUCCCUUCUUUCCCUUCUUUGAUUGCCCUCAAUGUCAGCAACAACACCUUGACAGGCCCCGUCCCCACCUCCACCAUAUGCAACUCUAAUCUGACCAUCCUCGAUCUCUCCUUGAACGACUUCACCGGGGAUUUCCCCCCUUUGUCGGGCCCCUGUGCUUCCCUCCAGGUUUUGAGUCUGGGGUUUAACAACCUCACCGGCGCCCUUGCCCCUUUCCACGUUUCCACCACCCCUUCCCUCCGCCAUCUAUCGUUCCCUGGGAACUCUCUCACCGGCCCCAUUCCCGAUUCCAUCACCACCCUCACCAACCUCACCACUCUUGCCUUGUUUGGCAACAACUUUAGCGGGCCCAUCCCCCACGCCAUUGGCAACCUCCCCUUGUUGCAGAAACUUGAACUUCACAUCAACCGUCUCAAUGGAACCCUUCCUCCUUCCCUCGUCAACUGCAAAUCCCUGCAGCUUCUCAAUCUCAGGGUCAACUCCUUCACCGGCAUUCUCUCGGAUUUUGAUUUCUCCGGUUUCACCAGGCUCACCAUCCUUGACCUUGGCGAAAACCGAUUCGCAGGGGAGCUGCCGGCCACCGUCUUCUCUUGCAAAUCGCUCACCGCAAUCCGGCUGGCCACCAACAGGCUGCGAGGGGAAAUCCCCGCUCAUGUCCUCGGCCUGCCUGCUCUCUCCUUCCUCUCCCUUUCAAACAACACCCUCAGGAACAUCACAAGCGCAUUCAAUAUCCUGAGCAGGCAUCCGAAACUCACCACCCUCAUCCUCUCCAAGAACUUCUUCAACGAACCCCUCCCCCCUCAACCCAUCUCUGGUUUCUCCAAUCUCAAGAUCAUGGGUCUUGGUGGCUGCAAGCUGUUCGGUCAGAUCCCCACGUGGCUCUCUUCCCUUACCAAUCUGGAGGUCAUCGACCUCUCCCAGAAUAAUAUCGACGGCGUCAUUCCGGGCUGGCUACACACGCUUCCGAACCUCUUCUAUCUGGACCUGUCUAAUAAUUCUCUAUCCGGGGGAUUCCCUGUGGAGCUUACCAGACUCCCAGCCCUCGCAUCGCAGCAGGUUUUGGACCGUGUAAACAGCAGUUACCUGGAACUCCCUGUAUUCGUUGCCCCUCAAAAUGCAUCCUACUUGCAGUACAAUCAGCUGGCCACCCUGCCUCCAGCAUUGUACCUGUCAAGCAAUCAACUCGGUGGCAGCCUACCUGUUGAGAUUGGUAAUAUGCAGUCCAUUCAUACACUUGAUCUCAGCCUAAACAAUUUCUCUGGCUCCAUUCCCGCUACCAUUUCAAAUCUCACAAACUUGGAAAAGCUGGACCUCUCCCAUAACAAUCUGUCUGGUCAGAUCCCUGCCUCCCUCAAAAGCUUGUACUUUCUGUCUUCUUUCAACGUCGCUUACAACAAGCUACAAGGUUCCAUACCGACCGGGGGACAGUUUGACACCUUCUUGAACCAGAACUACGAAGGCAAUCCAGGGUUGUGCGGUCCACCCAUGCAAAACCUUUGCAACGAUGAAAAUAAUCCUCUAUCACCCAAAACAGACGCUUCCUCGCCACAUGAAAAAGGCCCAAACAAGAAACUCAUCGUCGGCCUCAUCCUGGGCAUCUGUUUUGGGGUUGGCAUCACUCUGGCUUGUCUGGCACUGUGGAUAUUGUCCAAAAGAAGGAUUCUCCCCAGAGGUGACCCGGAAGUCUUCCAUAUGGACACGGUGUCCUUCAAUUCUACGUCGGCCGUAGAGGUUCCCAAGGAUACCAGCGGAGUCAUAUUGUUCCCGCACAAUGCAAAAGACAUCAAACAUCUAACCAUAACUGAUAUUUUGAAAGCAACCGAAGAUUUCAGUCAAGCAAACAUCAUUGGAUGUGGGGGCUUUGGAUUGGUUUACAAAGCAACUUUGGCGAACGGAACAAAACUGGCUGUCAAGAAACUUUCAGGAGAUAUGGGCCUCAUUGCAAGGGAGUUUAAAGCAGAAGUGGAGGCAUUAUCAACUGCCCAUCACAAAAAUCUGGUUUCUUUACAAGGGUACUGUGUACAUGAUGGAUGUCAGCUGCUGAUUUAUUCGUAUAUGGAAAAUGGAAGCUUGGACUACUGGCUACAUGAGAAGGCUGACGGAGCAUCCAGGCUCGAUUGGCCAACGAGAUUGAAGAUCGCCCGGGGAGCAAGUUGUGGACUGGCUUAUAUGCACCAAGUAUGCGAACCACAUAUCGUGCAUCGUGACAUCAAAUCAAGUAACAUCCUUCUGGAUGACCAAUUUGAAGCAUACGUGGCCGAUUUUGGAUUGUCUAGAUUGAUUCAUCCAUACAAUACACACGUCACGACUGAGUUGGUGGGCACCCUGGGGUAUAUUCCACCGGAGUACAGCCAGUCAUGGAUAGCCACCUUGAGAGGGGACAUAUACAGUUUUGGGGUUGUCAUGCUUGAGCUGCUUACAGGAAAGAGGCCCAUGGAGGUAUUCCGGCCAAAGGCGUCUAGAGAAUUGGUUGUGUGGGUGCAACAACUUAGAAUAGAAGGGAAACAGGAUCAAAUAUUUGAUGAGAUCCUGAGAGACAAGGGAUUUGAAGAAGAGAUGCUGCAGGUUCUUGAUGUCGCCUGUAUGUGUGUGAACGUAAACCCCGUCAAGAGGCCAACCAUUAAUGAAGUGGUUGAUUGGCUCCAUAAUGUUGGGCCCAACCAUCGGAUACCAAAAUAAAGGGCAAAUGUAAAUGCACAUACACAUAUAUAUAGAAAUCAGAGUAUUGUGUCAUUGCGAAGUGUGCGAGUCAAUGUACAUUGUAAUUAGUUGUCUGUGCAGGCAAUCUCUCACUUAGGUUCUUUUUUUUUUUUUACUCGCCUUUGCUUUUUGUUUGUGGUUCCUUUUUGCAAAGGAAUUUUUACCUGAUGACCGUGCAUUAAUGUAUAUAGACUAUAGAGACACUUUUUCCAGCUAUGGCUGGCUGUUGAAUAGAUACAUCUUUCACAAA